GAAAAAGCUGGCGACUCCGUAGAGCUCUAGGGUUUGAUAGGAUGUUGUCGUUCGUGACAGUCGUAUUAUUCUGGGUUUCGGCUCAGUUUCUUGGACUGCUUUUCCGUGUUUGAUAUCGAUCGUCCCAAAGGUUCGGUUGAAGAGGGAAGAUUUCUCGGUGGCUGUUUUUUUUGUUGCUACUCGACGGAUUCUUGUGGCAAGAGGAAUGGAGGAUAUUGCUGAUAAAUACAAGGACAUGACUAUUGGGGAUAAAGAUGAGGAGAUUGUUUUUGAGGAAGAGCCCGUCGACGAUGUUGAAGCUUCGGCUGAUGAAGAGACUUUCCUUGUGGUGGGUACUGUGAUUACGGACAGAAUGGUGAAGUUUCCGGUAUUUAGAAAUCUUAUGGCUCAACUCAGGAGGCCUGUUAUAGGGCAUGCUGACAAGUUCUGCCUUUUGACUUAUGAGAAUAAAACUGUGGAGACAACAAAGGCAGGCAUAUGGGGUCGGUCUGCGUGCAGGAGGAGGGAGGAGGUCUCAGUCAUUG